CGGCGCACUUCCUGGGGGCUUGACAAUAGGGCGUUAACUGUAAGCAGUGACAUUUUACUUAAUAAUUAACUUUAUUAUAAAAAUAAGUACGAUAACAUGAAGACAGCUGAUUCAAGCAAGUUUCCUUCGUGGUUUUUCAUCGUCGGUUUGGUUUCUCUUCGAUCUGUGGACUUGUCCUCUGCUCUAGGGGACACCCAGCACUGUGUUGAUGGCACGUACAAGCACGAGGGUGUGACCUGUUGUCUGUGUGGGGCUGGUACGUUCGUGGAGAGCCACUGCACUACGACUCAACCUGGAAAAUGCACAAGCUGUAGGGAAGGGACAUACAGCAGUCACCCUCAUUCCCAGGAAUCCUGUGAGCCAUGCACAUCCUGCUCACAUCCCAAUGCCAAUCUAAUGUUGGAUGUACCCUGCACCCGUGCCAGAGAUGCAACGUGUCGAUGCAAAAAGGAUCACUUUUGCAGCAGUAAAGAAACCUGUCGAAUCUGCUACCCCUGUAAAGAAUGUACUGAGGGUGUCAAAGUAGCCUGUACAGCCACCAAUAACACAGUCUGCAAUGAGAAAACUGAAGGGGGGACUAACACUGGGCUGAUAGUUGGCCUAACUGUCCCAAUUGUUUUAAUACUUCUUGGACUUCUUGUAUUCUUCUGGAUAAGGAAACGCAAACAAGAAGAAGAAGAAGAAAGAAAUCGCCGUUUGGAGGAUCCGUCCCUGAAAGAACCACUUCUUGAGCGCGACCUGCCUGACAUUGCAGAAAUAAUUGGAUGGACGGAUAUGAAGGAUGUAGCAACACGCAGCGGUAUGCUUGACACUGCUAUUGAGAAUUGUAGGCUGAACCACGUUGGUGACGCUCGGGAGCAGACACUCGAACUUCUACAGGAGUUUGUGAAGAAGGAGGGCAAUCAGGCCUCAACUACCCUGAUCCAAACCCUGCAAAAUAGUAACAAAAGAAGAAUAGAAGAGAGGGUGUUUGCUAAAUUAAAUUCUUCUGCUUGAAUGUGUUUUUUGUAAGCAUUUUAAAUAUUUAAAGUGUUGGAUUUCUUUUUUUAUCAGUGUAGAUGUUUACAUGAUGUAAGAGUGUAUGUGUCCUCCUAACCCGAGUCUUUCUGUCUCUAGUUGAACUUUGUAAAAGGCGAAUUUAGAUAAAGGAAGUAUCUGGCAAGAAAAUAUCUCCAUGGAGAAAAGCCAUGACCGUGAGAACAGCAAAAACAGAGUGUAGAAAAGCUGAACGCAGGUGGAGAAAAACAAAUCUCCAAGUUCACUUGGAAAUAUAUAAAGAGAGACUCUGCAUCUAUAAUCAGGAAAUAAAAAAGGCACAACAGUUUUUCUUCUCUGACAUCAUUACCAAAAAUAAAAACAACUCACGCGCCCUGUUUGCAACCGUCGACAGACUAACAAACCCAGGGCCUGCAAUGAAUUUGCCUCCUUCUUCACUGACAAAAUUAUGAAAAUUAGACAAGCAGUCAGUGCCUCUGUACCAGGUACAGCAAAUGUUUUGUCCCUGUGUCCACCUAAAGUCAAUUCAGACAUCAUGACACAAUUCCGUCUGAUAAAUUAUAAAGACCUGGAGGACAUUAUUCAACAUCUGAAAUCCUCCUCCUGCUGCCUUGAUAUUAUUCCAACAGUAUCUUUCAAAACUGUUUUUCAUUGCUUGGUCUCAGAUCUACUUCACAUAGUAAACAAGUCUCUCCACUCGGGUGUAUUUCCACAGGCUGAUACAACAGUAUCCAACUGUUAAUACUUUUGAAUCGAGAUUAAAAACAUAUCUUUUUGAGGCUGCAUUUGGAUGAGAAUUCAAACUGCAGUAUGGCUUUUUAUCCAUGUAUUUUAUACCUGUUGUGUUGAUUUGAUUAUCUUUGCUUUUUAAAUGCCUGUUUUUAAAUGUGCUUCCAGUGUAUUUGUUCUUAAAUGUCUUUUAUUUUAUUUUGUAAAGCACUUUGGGUUACCGUGUGCUGAAAGGUGCUGUAUAAAUAAACUUGCCUUGCCUUGCAAGUUUCGAGGAAUCCUGUGAUCAACAUGGUAUUAUAGGGGAAAAUUUAUAAUAUAUGAUAAGUAGUUUAUUCAAUAAUGGGUUAAGAGGUCUUGCGCCACUAAUGUUAGCAGUUGUGAAAUUGUAUGAAAUUGUUCAAAAAGAUUACAUUGCCUACACAGAAUUGUGCCUCUGACAGUGUUGAUGUAAUGAUGUUGGUCAAGCAGCUUGUGUAUAUUGUGCAAUAAAACUCAAUACAAGUUUUAUUA